GACACCUGAUAUCACGGGGUCUUAUCUAGUGCACAAAUACCAGGCCCCGCCCUUUGACGUUCCUUGUAUAAAUAGGUGUGUAGCUGUGAGUUGGUCACCGAGGUGUCCACUAUCCGUUGUCUCAAGAUCGUCAAACCGUCCAUCACCAAACAAGUAUGUCCUACCAAAUAAGCAGAGUGCACCUUCCUGCAACAUACAGGAUUCCAAAUGGACUCCAUGUCGGGAAGCAGAUCAUCAUACGAGGCAGGGUCACCUGGGGCACAGACGUGUUCGCCAUCAACUUGCAGCAGGAGGAGAACCCAACUGACGGAGAAAUCGCUUUCCACUUCAAUCCUCGUCCUAGCGCCAACACCUGUGUGAGGAAUUCCUUUUCCGGGGACUGGAUGGAAGAGGAGACCGAUCAGCCGCAUUUCCCAUUCGACGAUGGCAUGUCCUUCCUCCUCCGUAUAGAGGUCGCUGAAGACGCGUUCCGGACUUACGUUCACGGCAAACCUUACAUCAACUUCGCACACAGACUCGACUACGGAAAUGUGCAUUACUUACAUCUGACCCCUGGUGUGGAGUACUAUGACAUCACAUUCCAGGAGAAAUACACACUGCCAUACCGUACUGAGAUUCCCGGGAGUAUGGCGGUCGGUAAGGCUGUCCGUGUCCGAGGAGCUGCCCAGGACAACGAUGGAUUUAGCAUCAACUUCGGAUGUGACUGCGAGAACAACUCGACUGCCUUCCAUUUCAAUCCCCGUCCCACAGAGGGCGUGGUCAUCCGGAACGCUAACCUUGGGGGCUGGGGUGAUGAAGAGAGAGAUUACGAUGCCGAGUUCCCCUUCACACCCAUGAACUACUUUGACGCCAUGUUCAUCUGUACAGACGAUCAGUAUGUUGUUCAUGUUAAUGACAAAUACUUCACAAACUUCGGUCACCGCUGUGGAGUUCCAGAUUCUUCUCACUUCCAUAUCCAAGGCAACAUGGACAUCAAGGACGUGGAAUACUAUGAGCCCUUGGACGACGACUUUGUCAAGGAAAUUCCUUGUGGCCUUGAGAAGGGAGAUGUCGUCCUCUUCAGAGGUUUCAUGAAGCCAGGAGGCGAUACCUUCUCCGUGAAUCUAAUGAAUGGUUCCUCUGCCGACGAUGACAUCGCAUUUCACUUCAACCCCCGUGUUGGAGAGGGUGCUCUGGUAAUGAACUGCCGUAUGGGUGACUGGGGAGAAGAGGAGCGAGAGGAUAUACCUUCAUGCUUCACAAACAACGAACCAUUCGAGAUCAAAGUCGUAACAAAGAGCAGAAAAUUCAAGCUGUACGUAAAUGGUAAGAAGUGUGCCAAAUUUGACGCCAGAGGAGAAGUAGGAGAUAUCAAGGGCAUCAAUGUCCGCGGAGAUGCCUUCAUAUACCAGGCCAAGCUUCAAAGGAAAAUGGAAAAACCAGUAGCCAUUGAGAGAAUCCCUGGCGGAUUCCGUGAAGGAGGAUGGGUUGUGGUCCAAGGAAUCCCAAAGAAAGGAUCCGGUGGCUUCGCUGUUAACCUGACGUGUGGUGAUGACGACGCAGAUGACAUUGCCAUGCACUUUAACCCUCGUCUGGAAGAAAAUUGUACCAUCCGAAACACAUGUACAGGAGGAGAUUGGCAGGGCGAGGAACGCGAUCAACCAAGCUUCCCCUUCGAACUCAAGGACACCUUUGAAAUCGCCAUCAAUGCUCAACCAGAUAAAUUUGUCACCUACGUCAAUGGUCAGAGAUACGUGGAGUACGCCCACCGUCUCCCAUUGGACAGUGUGUGUCACCUGAAGCUGACAGGAGAUGCUGACUUCUUUGAGCCAGAGUUCUUCUAGAGCCAUCAAGAAUCAUAUCUACGGAAAAAACACCAGUUGGGAUGGAUUGGGAUGCAGUAGUGAAAAGAAGUACAGAAGUAUCGGUACAAACUGUAACAUGGUCCUAGGAUACUGCUGGACAGGACAGAGAAAUGAAGAAACAGUAUAUUAUUGUGUUUUAUAUCAAAAGCUAUGGAACAGACAAUCGCUUCUAAAUAUUACCAUAUAACAAUAGACAUGUAAUAGACAGCAAACACGUGCUUUAUUCUACCAAUGCAAUCAAUGACAGCUUGGCACAAUGUGCCCAAUAGAAACUGACUUUAAAUAUCUGUGAUAUAAAAUGUUUAAUAAAUAUCUUUUAUAUCA